UCUUUUUUUUUUUUACCGAGCAGGAUUGUAGUCUGAGAAAACCUAUUGUGAAUUUGGCGGAGAGAAGGAACUCGGAGCAGCCGAGAGACUCAGGCCAAAAAGAUUGGAUUUCUCGAAAAGCUCAGUUUCACCUCUCGGAAAUGACCAAAGUAUUCGUCGGGAAGCCUUUUCUAUGAGUUGAUGGCGUUGCAUCUGUCUUUGAAACCCUACUCCCACUUCGUAUGGAGAAGUCUCUAUUCUUCUCGGAGAGGUUUUUUCAUAUUGGGCCGUAACAACUGCUGUCUGAUCCAUCCUUCUGUUCCACAAACCUCAAAGUACUAUCGCAGUUCCACCUGUAACUUGGAUUCAGGUGUUUCUGGAUUCUCCCAUGCCGCGACCGCGAGUAAUGUCAGUAUAACAAUUUCUUCAAAAAGCGGGAAUGAUGUGCUGGAGUCUAUGCAAUAUCUCAAGCCAGAAGAAAGAGCACCAAGUAGUGUUGAUCCUUCAAAUGGUAGGGUGAUGCUUAUUGAUGGGACAUCCAUCAUUUACAGGGCUUACUAUAAGCUUCUAGCGAGAUUGCAUCGUGGUCAUCUUACUCAUGCUGAUGGAAAUGGGGACUGGGUUUUAACAAUAUUUUCUGCCUUAUCCCUCAUAAUUGAUGUUCUGGAAUUUGUCCCCUCCCAUGUGGCGGUGGUGUUCGACCAUGAUGGACUUCCUUUUGGCUCUACUUCUAGUCCCUCAAAAUAUCAUUCUGGAAAAGGCCUGACCUUCCGUCAUACGCUCUACCCUGCAUACAAAAGCAAUCGUCCUCCUACCCCUGAUACAGUUGUGCAGGGACUCCAAUAUCUCAAAGCGUCCAUCAGAGCAAUGUCUAUAAAGGUUAUAGAGGUACCGGGUGUAGAAGCUGAUGACGUAAUUGGAACCUUGGCUGUAAGGAGCGUUGAUGCUGGGUUAAAAGUUCGAGUUGUCUCUCCUGACAAAGAUUUCUUUCAGAUUCUUUCUCCCUCUUUGCGUCUUCUUCGGAUAGCACCACGCGGAUUUGAGAUGGUGUCUUUCGGUAUGGAGGAUUUUGCUAAAAAGUAUGGGACUCUAAAGCCUGCGCAGUUUGUGGAUGUCAUCUCUCUUGUUGGUGACAAAUCUGAUAAUAUCCCAGGAGUUGAUGGCAUUGGGAAUGUCCAUGCCGUGGAGCUUAUCACUAGAUUCGGCACAUUGGAGAAUCUGUUGCAAUCCAUUGAUGAAGUCAAAGAAGAAAGAAUCAAAGCGGCCCUAAGAGCUAAUGCUGGACAGGCCAUCUUAAGCAAAAACCUGGCAAUAUUAAGGUCUGAUCUGCCGCUCUACAUGGUACCGUUUAACACCAGGGAUCUUACUUUUAGUAAGCCGGAGGACAAUGGGGAGAAGUUCACAAGCCUCUUAAAUGCUAUUGGGGCGUACGCGGAAGGGUUUUCGGCUGAUCCGAUAAUCAGAAGAGCUUUCUACCUGUGGAAGAAACUUGAGGCACGGUGACAUAUAUGUAUUGUCUCUUUCAAUGUUUUUUUUGUAAGCUGAAAACAUGAACGUAAUACGAAAGUUUCACAUGCUUCAAAAGAUCAUGCAACAAAAUGUAACACCUUUUUGGAGUUGCAAGCCCCCAAGGCAUGCACAAGUCAAGGCCAAGCGUUGAUUGGUUUGUGGUUCAUGGACAGACGUUUAUAAAUUGUACGGCCUUAUUUUUGUUUUA